AGUGCUUCGUAAACUCUUUACUGUGCACAUUUAAGCUGAGAAGUGAGAGGAUACUAUCGAUGUGCUGGUGUAAGGCUCUCAGAAUAUUCCUUGCACAAGCAGCAUUGCAUUUACUGGAUUAUCUGUAAAACAAACAGGCAUCCACCAGCAUGUCAUUGAUACUGUGAGGGAAUACCAUGGAUGAAGGCAAAAAUACUUUGAGCUGUGAACAAAAAACAGAAGAUCCUUGCACUUACCAGUACAACAUGUACUAUAAGAACAUUGGGAAAUGCAUCAUAAUUAACAAUGAGAAUGUCCAAGGUAAGUCUAAACGGCAUGGCACUGAUGAAGAUGCAAGAAAGUUGGAAGUUACCUUCAGAGCACUGGGGUUUAAGGUGGAGGUUGUGAAGGACCUUACAGCUAAUAAAAUGUAUGAACUCUUAGAGACAGUUGCCAAAAAGGACCACAGAGAGCUGGCAUGUUUUGUCUGUGUGCUUCUUAGCCACGGAAGAGAGGGGCACAUUUCUGGAACAGACAAGGAGAUUAAAAUAAGACUGCUAGCCAGUCUCUUCACAGGUGAAAGGUGUCCAAGCUUGCUUGGGAAACCAAAACUCUUCUUUAUACAGGCCUGCAGGGGAACGGAAUACGAUUCAGGCAUUGAGACAGACUCAGCAGAACAGGAAACUACUGAAAUCAAUGAAACACCAGAAGCUGACUUCUUGUGUGUGCAUUCCACAGCUUCAGGAUAUUACUCUUGGAGAAACCCAGUUUCUGGUUCAGUUUUCAUCGGGACCCUUUGUGAAAUGCUAAAUGAGCACAGCAAGAAGCUUGAGCUAAUGAAGAUCCUCACAAGGGUUAAUCAUUCAGUGGCGAUACACUUUCAGUCUGCUACAUUUGUCGAUUACUCCCAUGCAAAAAAACAAAUGCCAUGUAUUAUGUCCAGGCUAACAAAGGAAAUGUAUUUUGUCAAAUAAAACCACCCUUUC